AUGGCUAAACACACUGCCAAUGUUGUAGUCACACGUCUUCAUUAACGUUAGUUAGUUAACGUCAAUGGUUUCAUAAGCAAGCCAAUCUAUCACUAAGUUCACUGCUCUGUUGUGCUAACUGACUUGAUAUCACUGUUCUCUUUAGACUUUGACAAUAAAGGGAAGAAAGAAGUGGCUCCCCUGCUGGACCAGUUUCUGUGUCAUGUUGCGAAGACUGGAGAAACCAUGUAAGGAAUGUUCCUAUUGACAAGCUUGUAGCUACAGAUAUCAUGCAUAUGAGAGGAUGAAGCAUGCUAACUUGAACACCACUGGUUCAAAUUAUGGAAUAGGCCUAGUCAUAGAUCAUGCCUGGUCUUCUCAUCUGCAUGUGCUAUAUUACUUUUGUUAAGAGAUCUGUACUCUGUCUUUCUCCAGUGUUCAGUGGUCCCAGUUUAAAAGCUAUUUCCUCUUCAAACUGGAGAAGGUGAUGGACGACUUCAAAGCCUCAGCACCCGAUCAAAGGAGGGUAGCCAAUCCCAAUGUGGAGUCCAUUCCAUUUGAGGACAUGAAGGAGAGGAUACUGAAGAUUGUGAAUGGAUACAAUGGGUAGGUACAAUCAUGUCAUGCCGUCUAAAGAGUUAACCAUUGCUGACUUUGUGGUGGUUAUACAAUGGCGCCAUCUACUGGAGAGGCAUUUAUAGAUGUCACAUGUACUGUAGUGCUUAAUGGCAACCAAAUUGUAAACACACAUCUCAUUAUUGUUUAUUUUAUACCUAUCGAAUAUCACUUUUUUUCUUGAGCUAGCCUUACGUCAGGUUUAUUUUAAUAAACUCCUUACUUGCUGUCUUUCCCUCAGAAUUCCAUUUACGAUCCAGCGUUUGUGUGAGCUGCUUACAGAACCCAAGAGGAAUUACACAGGGACAGAGAAAUUCCUCAGAGGUGUUGAGAAGGUGAGUGGAGUGCCAUGUCUGUUUAGGAGCAGUUGUGCAGUGUUAGAUUUGUAUAGUCUGUAUAUGUUAUAUAGUAUCAAUUAAAUAGUAUUUCUAUUCUAGGUUUUUAAUGAAGGGUUUUUCUUCUUCCAGAAUGUGAUGGUGGUCAGCUGUGUGCAUCCUACUUCAGAGUAAGUGUUGUUUUUGUUCUUAUUUUACAAAGAGGUGGUUCGUUGUAUUUAUACUGAACAAAAAUAUAAAUGCAACAUGCAACAAUUUCAAUGAUUUUACAGAGUUACAGUUCAUAUAAGGAAAUCAGUCAAUUUAAAUAAGUUCAUUAGGCCCUAAUCUAUGGAUUUUCACGACCGGGCAGGGGCGCAGCCAUGGGUGGGCCUGGGAGGGCAUAGGCCCACCCACCGGGGAGCUGGCCCAGCCAAUCAGAAUGAGUUUUCCCCCACAAAAGGGCUUUAUUACAGACAGAAAUACUCCUCAGUUUCAUCAGCUGUCCGGGUGGCUGGUCUCAGACGAUCCCGCAGGUGAAGAAGCCGUUUGUGGAGGUCCUGGGCUGGCGUGGUUACACGUGGUCUGCGGUUGUGAGGCCGGUUGGAAGUACUGCCAAAUUCUCGAAAACGACAUUGGAUGCAGCUUAUGGUAGAGAAAUGAACAUUAAAUUAUCUGGCAACAGCUCUGGUGGACAUUCCUGCAGUCAGCAUGCCAAUUGCACGCUCCGUCAACUUGAGAAAUCUGUGACAUUGUGUUGUGUGACGAAACUACACAUUUUAGUGGCCUUUUAUUGUCCCGAGCACAAGGUGCACCUGUGUAAUGAUCAUGCUGUUUAAUCUGCUUCUUGAUAUGCCACACCUGUCAGGUGGAUGGAUUAUCUUGGCAAAGGAGAAAUGCUUACUAACAGGGAUGUAAACAAAUUUGUGCACAAAAUUUGAGAGAAAUAAGCUUUUUGUGCGUAAGGAACAUUUCUGGGAUCUUUUAUUUCAGCUCAUUUAUAUUUUUGUUACUGUAUAGUUUAUAUGAAGUAAAAUAUGUUCGGAAUUACUCUAUGUUUCUCUCUGUCAUGAAGGAAAAACGGAUGCAGUGGUGUGAAUAGAAUGAAUGGUGUUAUGUUGCCUGGGAACUCAUCUGCUUUUACAGAGAGGUAAAGCUCAAAUGACAGGUUCCUAUUUUCUCACCCUAGUUUCAUGUCAGUGAUAAUUGCCUAAAAGUAAAUGUGAAAAGUAAACCACUCACAUUUCUUACGCUCUUUCACUCUUCCUCUAUUUUCUUGCAGGAAAGUGAAUGGCCCAGGGACCCCCAGGCCGCUGAACAGACCAAAGCUCUCUCUAGCGACAAACGGCCUACCGGACAGUACAGAAAACAAAGACCCUACCACAGAGCAGGGACACGACAAACCCUCCAGGUACUUCAGUUGCUACCCAACAGACGGUGUGAUACUCACUUCCUACGUUUCUUUUGAUGAAUUGAAUGUGUGAUGAAUCUUCUCUUUCUCAGUGAGGUGUCGGCAUCAAGUACCCUGGGGAGCUCUGUGAAGAACAAGCACCAUGACGACGAUGAAGAGGAGGAUAUGGAGGCGGAGCAACACGAGGUGAAGAGGCUCAAGUUCAACGAGGAGGAUGAAGAGGAGGAGGGGGACACCCUCAGACCCGGCCACACUGACAGUUUGUCGAAAGAGGCAGAGUCCAUGGUCCAGGAGGAGGAGGAGGAUGACGACAAGAAGAAAAGUGAGGCUCCCAGUACUGCUGGGACUUGUGAAGACCAAGGUAGGAUGGUUUUUUCACUCUUUUUUUCCUCUUCUUUUUUAUCGCAUCAUGCCGACAUCCAUUGCUGGUAAAAUCCUUUGUGGAUAUUAGUAAGUGUAUGAGCAGAACCAGGAGUUGCCUGAUUUGGCAGAACUCUGAGGUGUUCAAAGCAGGUUCAGCUUAUUUGCGUGCCAGAUCUACAGCAACCCCUUAUGCAGUUAACAUUCCUAACUCUAUUUUUGUGUCCUUGCCUGUCCCACAGAGCCAUCGAGCACACAGUUGGAGCCAUCAGCAGACCCCGGGGAGAACGAGCAGGCAGAGAGGGAGGUUCCUUGUGGCUCCCAAGAGGAAUGUAAUGACAUGGACCAGUCAGAACAGCAGGCCCCUGCUGGCGUCCUGGAGAGCCCUGAGGCCCGGGACAGCGAUGAGGGCAGUGACCCAGUCAGCAGCAGCAGCAGUAGCGUCAGCAGCAGUAGCAGUGAGGAGAUCGGAGCCAGGAAAGAGAGAGCCCCUGCUCCCUCCAGCAGUACUCCUGAGCCACCUGCAGAGGGCGCCAUGGAGAGCGGCAGCCUGGACACGGGGACCAGUGAGGAGCCCAUGGAGCAGGACUAGGACCUCAGCAUCCAUCUGACUAUUUAGAACAUCUGUCCUCAAGUCCAGCUUGAGUGUCACCGGUGAAGGGG